AUGCCCUCCGUCCAAAGUCUCAUCAUCCCAGCAGUUCUCUCUCUCGCAGCAGCCGCCAACGCCCGCCCCAACUUCGGUGAUCUUUUCGGAAAGCGUCUUGUUACAAACUGCCCCAACGAAUGGACACCCGUCAACUACAACGGCAACGACAAAUGCUGCCACGGAGUGCUAUCCGUCGAAGAAGAUAACGUACCCAACUGCUGCGUGAUGAACUACAACGAAUACAACAACGCCGACGUCCACUUCUCAGACUGCUUCCCCUUCUGCAGCGGCAGCGACUACGGCGGCCCGUCCGUGACCUGGACCAGCGCGCCAACCUGCAUCACCCGCGUCCCAUUCUCCGCGGACGGAUACUCGAGCAUUGUCUCGGCGGCUGUGUCCUCCGGUCGCUCGGACUCGGACUCGGACUCGAACUCCAGCACUACUUCUACGACUAAUGGGCCGGCUUCGAAUGAGGCGAGCCCGACAUCCACUAGUGAUUACAAUGGUGAUAGCCAGGCUACGACGUAUACUGCUGACUCUGAGUCUACUUAUUCGGACGAUUCGUCGGUAAACGCUGCGCCUGUUGCGACUGCUGGUAGCGUUGUUGGUGGAGUGGCGUUUGCGGCUGCUUUGUUGGCGCUUUGA